GACGAAGUAAAAGUUUAUCCGUGUUAUUGGAUAUAAAUUUGUUGCAUUAAUAGAAUAUUUGUGUCUGCACAUCUACACAUUCACAUGCCGGUCACAUACGCUGUUAAAUGUUGGAUAUUGUUGCGUUUUUUAAUUUAUUUUAUUCCGUUUGUAGCAUCUGUCUGCACGUACACUACCGACUUCAGCGCAAAGCUCUGCCUCAUUUUUUGCCUGUUUGCUUCUGUUUCACCGUGGAUGCCCUCAGCAGUCACAACAAAAGCGCUUUUCACCGUGGAUAUGAUAGGAUAGGUGGGUGGAUGGGUGGGAAGGGGCAGCGGUCAGAUUAGGACCGUCUCCAGCAUCUCCGCUCGUAAAAACACGCGGUGGACACGCGCGCUUCUGCCAGCUCGGCACGGGCUGUUGCACGCGCUCCGAGCACGUGCUUUGAUCCGUGGAACAGGUGUGAGUUUCGGUGUGUUUUCUAGCGAGGCUGCUUUGAGCAGAACAGGAGCGCGGCUUGUUCGAGCAUGCGCAGUCGGCCCACUCCCCUCCCCCCGCUCCUGUAGUUAAGCCAGCGCUACUCCAAAUCUUCCCUCUCUGUAGAAAAACAGAGCCCUAACCCCGCUGCAGCAUCUAAUGUUGCGUUUAAAAACACGUCCCUCAUGUCUCCAUGGAAAGCUGCAGCUGCUGCCAUUUUUAUUUAAAGCAGUCCAGACAGCGUGGUUGUGCUGCUGCUGCUGCGCUUGGUUUGGGGUUUACACAGACCGAGCUGUAAGUAGGUCGGGCUGGGUUUAAGCGGCUUAACUACGUCAGCCUAAGCUGAGAGGAAUUCAUCCAAAGCCUUCCGCUGGUAGGCGGGGGCCUAAACGAGGCUGGCCUAGUUAAGCCUGAUUCUUAUUGUGUGCAGCACAGCCAGUUUUUAUUGUGCAACAUAGCCGUGAGAGAACCCAGGACCAGAGUGUGAAUCCAUGCACUUGUUAGUCAAAGCCUAACAAGGGUUGAUCUGGAGGAGAAGAGAAGGGAAAUGAGGCAUAAAUGAGUGCUAGGAACAGUGUGUGACCGGGGACCGAGAGAGAGGACAGCAAAGCAGACAACUCUGAGAUUGGGAGCAGUUUUAGGCCUGGUUUGGUCCGCCCCAGUCUGCUAUGCCAUAAGAUGGCCUCCAACUCUGUGUUCAUGUCCAGCAUGGUGGGUAAAGCGCGCUCUUCCAACUUCACCCUCUCCGAGAAGCUGGACCUGUUGAAGCUGGUCCGUCCUCACAUCCGCAUCCUGGAGGAGCACACCAACAAGCACGCCGUCAUCGUGGACAAGAACAAGUGCUGGGACACGGUGGCGGAGCAGUACAACGCUCUGGGAGGGGACAGACCCCACCGCACCGCCCAGGGCCUCAGAACCCUCUACAAGAGGCUGAAGGAGUCGGCCAAGCAGGAAGUGAUGCAGCGGAGACACGCCCAGCCCGAGUACAGAGGGAGCAUCUCUGAGCCGACCAGGAGGAUUAUGGAGAUGAUCCCUCACUUGUUCCAACAUGUGCCCAUCCACGAGAAGGACCAGGCUCUCCGCAGGUUAAUAUACAACAAGCACACGUCCCCCAUUGAGCAUCCUGGCAGCAGCUCCUCUCUGGCUGGACUUCAGGAUUAUUCAGCACCUGUACCAAGCAUCGCGCACGAGGUGGUCCAGCUGGACCCCGAAGAGGACGUGAAACCACCGCCAGACCUCCCCGUCGUCACCUCGCACGCCAUUCCAGUGCUGGACGGAUUUCAAGAGGCAGACGGGGAGCAGGACUUGGCCAGCACCCAUAAUUACCAGGCGUCCUUGUCUCCCGCUUCUUCCUCGGUUAACAUCGCCCUCUCUGCCUCGCCGCUGCCCUUGAGCCACGAAUUCUACCCAAACGACGUCUACCCUCGCCACGAGGCGGACAGGUUUCGUCCUCUGCACCUUGCCAAGGAGGAGCACGAUCUGGUGUUGGCCAAUCACAGGAAGGUUUCCCUGUACCUGGAGGAGAAGAGAGAGGGUCUGAAGAGGAAGCAGGAGCUGGAGGAGGAGCUGCUAAGAGCCAAGAUCAAAGUGGAGAAACUAAAAGCUGCCCGACUGAGACACGGACUGCCCAUUCCUCUAUAGCAGCAAGCAGCAUGUACAUACUCUGGUUCGCAAAUACGCUCACAUCCCUGUAGCUUUUUCUCACUUCCAUAAACUUCAAUGUAUUUUAUUGUGACUUUAUGUCAUAAAAAGUACAGUUGCAAAAAAAUUACAGCUGUAUAUUUAUGUUGACUUCCCUUUAUGAAAAAAGUCUAUUCAGCUUUUAAUUUUUGUUAGUCUGCAACCUUGGCUCUGGAGCCAUAAGUGGCUCUUCCACAAUAACUUUGACUAAAAAUUACAAAGAACCAGACAGUUAAUAUUUUUAAAUGCAGAUUUCAUAUCAAAUGCAGGUUUUUAACCUUUUUUCAAAGAUUUCCUGCAAUAUUUGCACAACAUUUUCACAAAGACAAAAAGUGAUGUAAAGAACUUUGAACUGCCGUAACAUUAGUUUAGAAUAUGUGAUUUAAAAAAAAAUCAAUCCUGUUUUAUGUUUAUGUUAUUAUUAAAUCCUAAAAAUGUAAAUAAUAUCCUGGUUCUAUAAUAGGACAAGAAAUUUUCUAAAGUAGAUAUUUGUCUCAAAAGUUGUCUUCUGUUCAAAAUGACUCCAAACGAGUUUUAUUUGGAUGUCCUGACACCAAAAGGGCUCUUUAGGUUGUAAAGUUUGCAGACUUUGAUCUUAAAUUCACAAUAAAAUGCACUGAAGCUGGAGGAUGUAACGUCACUAAAUAUGAAAAAGUUUCCCGGUCCUGACUAUUUUUGCGACACUCUGAGUGUGUGUGACGGUGGAUGUGACACAAGUGCUUCUGAUGAACCGAUUCAUGCUUGGCGGCAUUUUUAGAAUCUGAAUUGCUUUUGGAAACAUAGUGCCUCAUCCGUACCUACUGCAUGUGAUUAUCGUCCUUUUUUUAGGGGAUACGCUGCAGUCGGUUACCUUUUAUGCUGAUCGGUGUUGAACGUUGUCUUCAUUAUUCAUAGAAGUGGCGACAAGACACUGUGAUUGUGUGAAGUGGAAAAACAAUUUCUUCAUCUCCAACUGGAUGGUAGCUGUGGGUUUGUCAGGAUAGUGUUAAUAUUCUUUAUUAACCAAGAUUAUUAGGAUUGCUGUUGCAACAUAAGUGUAAGUAGUAGGACAGUUUGGACAAAUCUUGUCAGUCUGAAAUGAAAAAGUCCCCCCCGUUUCUGUAGCAUUUGAGGUAUUAAGAAGUAAUAAACAUUAAAAGCGAUUAUUUUUCAGGUUCUUGGAAAACUGGACAGUUUUAUGUAUCAGCUUAAAAAUGACAACAAAAAUUAGGUCAUCAUAAAAGAACAUGUCUAAAAAUGUUUUUAAAUCAUAAUUGUGGUACAACAAACAUUUUGAAAAGCCUUAUCAAGUUCUGAUGAAGUGAUGUGAGGUAAAAAUAUGCGACAGUCGGGGAAUCUCUGCCUGAGUUGAUGGCCCUCUUAUUUAAGAAGAAGAGGGAUUUUUUUUUAUACGUAUAUACAUGUAUAUUUGUUCCUAUUUAAUGUGAAUUUGUUGCUGGUUGUUCUGUAAUGUUUGUAUACCAGUUUGUCCUCUUGUUCACUGGUUUCUAUUAAAGGGCAUUGAUUAAAUCGCUGCUCUCUCCUUUUAUUCUUAAAUAAUUUCUACACAUUUUUAUUCCUAAAACAUCCAAACCAUGCUUUUAAUGAAUUGUUGCUGAGAGCAGGGGAUCGCUCUGCUCCAAGUCAAGGCUUUAUGCAACAGCGCAAUCUAUUGGUGGCUUGUUUAUUUGCAUCUUCAAGGAAUUUUUCA